AUGGCAAUAUUCGACUCAGAGAAGCGCCCUCGCGGCCUUCGGGUGCCCUCUCUCGCAGCACUAAGGUCUUCAGCUUUCCAAAAGAAAUCUUCUGACUCGGUGCCGUCCGACGAGUCAACCUUCCCCAAUCCGGCAGCCUUCCCUCCACCAAAGCCGGCCCCUCCGCCAAACAAGGAACUCCCACUCCCCCCCAAAGUGGAUAUUCCACCCUCAUCUAAUAACCCUUACUUCCCCCCGAUCCCCUCCGGAGAUGCAAUCCCAGAACGAUACCCAAUUGAACGGGUCCCCGUUCCAACGCAGUCGCCUCCCCCUCAGAUGACAGGCAUGCGCAGCAAGAAACCACGGCCCAAUUUCCAUGCGCUUCAACAGCGGCCACCUCCAGUGACUUACUCUGCCCCGCCCCAAGUUCCAAUCCUGGUCCAGGUUCCAGUUCUCAUCGACGAGGCCUACUCUCCUCAGCCGGAAGACUUUAUCCCGACCCCAGACAGCGCCGAUCCACCCUCAGUGCCAGACCUGCCUCGCGAGGAGCUAGCUCUCUCGCCCUUUGUCCCUCCGGAUGUUGAACCCGUGGCACCGAGGUUGAAUGAGAUCCAUCUAACAUGCUACCAGCAGCACCGCGCUAUGCCCGUGGCGCAGAAUACGUGGUGUUCCAUGCCGUGCAUGACCUGUCAGAAAUUUGACACUGAGAUCCGACGCCGCUGCGUGUUCUGCUGCCUGCGCAUCUGCGAGUCAUGCUACCAGAUCCUGCAGAAAUGUAAGAACCGUUCGGUGGAGGCGCUGGUUAAUCAAAUUGUCGCCUGA